AUGAAUGGAACCACAGUUUUGGAGUUUAUUUUGCUGGGCUUCCGCUUCCCUUGCCCUGUUCAGACCUACCUCUCCACUCUAGUCUUGGCUUGCUAUGCCAUCACUCUUCUGGGCAACUGCUUGAUUUUGGCAACUGUUUUGUCUGACCCUCACCUGCGAAACUCUCCCAUGUAUUUCUUCCUCGCCAACCUGAGCCUUACCGACAUGACUUUUGCUUCAGUAGCAGCCCCCAAAUUUGCAGCGGACUUGUUGAAGUGUGGCCAUUCCAUCUCCUAUGCAGGUUGCAUGGGGCAGCUUUUCUACCUCCACUUUUUUGGAGGAACCGAGAUGCUUAUCCUCUCUGUUAUGGCCUACGACCGUUAUGUGGCCAUCUGCCACCCGCUGAGAUACGGGGCCAUCAUGGACCGGCAGUAUUGCUUUAAAAUGCUUGUAGUCUGUUGGACAGGAGGCUUCCUUCACUCCAUCAUCCAUGCAGCAGUGGUUGCCUACUUGCCCUUUUGUGGACCUAAUGUCCUAGAUAACUUCUACUGUGAACUUCCACAGGUGAUUAAGCUCGCUUGCAUGGAUAUCUAUGCUUUUGAGGUCAUCACCAUAGUGAACAGUGGCUUGAUAACUCUACCAUGCUUUUUGACCUUGCUGGUGUCGUACUCCACAAUCCUGACCACUGUGUGUAAUCGUUUUGGGAAAGGUGGAGGGAAGGCUUUGUCCACUUGCGGGUCCCACUUGAUAGUGGUCAGCCUCUUCUAUGUGCCCUGCGUUAUUGUGUAUCUGAAACCUUUCUCCAACUCCCAGAAGAACAAAGUGGUUUCCACAUUUUACAUGCUUGUUACACCGGCUCUCAAUCCCUUCAUCUACACGCUGAGGAACAAAGAAAUAAAAGAAGCCAUGAGGAAGCUGAAACAUAAAUGUAAGCGGCUUUUGGUAAUGCAAAAAGAAUAG